AUGAUGCACCUCUGUACGUCAAGGCACUUCCACGAGCUUCUGUCUCAGAUCUUCUUCAACGUCUACAAGCCAUCCACUCCCUUCGCAAAGACCGCCUCCACCGCUCGACUACUCGGUGGUGGUUGUCAACGCGGGGACCCACCCAUGCCCACGCUCACGGAGUUGAUUGCCGUAUUCGAUGUGCUACCACAGUGGUACUACCAGAACCGCCACCGCCGCUUCGUCAAUCUUUCGCUCAUCAGAAAGCUGCCAGUGCCGACUGUUUUUGCUGGGGCGUUCUCGUCGCCGACGCCCGCAGAGACGGCGCGCAAAGUCAAUCUGUUUCUAUCGUCAAAGACAGCGAAGACGAUGGUUGUUAUCGCAGCUGUUGACACGGGCAUGAUAAGCUUCUUCCGCUUCGGUGAAGGUGUUUUCACUCAGUCAUAUCAGGACUUCUUUCAGGACAAUGAUGAGGAACAUGCAAUGGAGUUGGUCUUCGGUACUACCGUCGACGAUGCGACCUGGCCAAUGGCACAAGAUGCUUGGCUGCCUAUGUUCCUCAUGCCCGUCUUCACCGCAACUACUGUUCAACUCUUCUAUGCUUGGCGUAUCGCGAAAUUGUCGCAGAGCCGACUCUUCUCAGUCAUCAUCAUCUUUGCCAUCUGGUUCGCGUGA